CCCGCGCGCGUUUGCGAAGUGUGAGCUGGCUCAGUUGUGCCCGGACUUUUGUUUUUGCCGUGGUCGAUGUGGUGAGCGCUGGUUGCUGCUGGUUUCAGACCCGGCUGCAGUCGGUAGUGCCCCAGCCGUCCCCAGCCCUGCGGGGUCGGAGAGCUCGGUAGUUUCCCUUCUCCCUGGUAAUCUACAACCCCCACUGAAGAACACAACCAUGGAAGACAAACCAUUGGUAGUAUCUAAACAGAAGACAGAAGUGGUAUGCGGUGUGCCCACCCAGGUGAUCUGCACGGCCUUCAGCAGCCACAUCCUGGUUGUGGUGACCCAGUUUGGGAAGAUGGGUACGCUAGUCUCCUUGGAACCCAGCAACGUGGCCAAUGACAUCACCAAGCCAAUGCUAACCACGAAAGUCCUCCUCGGGAAGGACGAGCCGCUCAUCCAUGUCUUUGCAAAGAACCUGGUAGCGUUUGUGUCUCAAGAAGCAGGAAACAGAGCCGUCCUCCUGGCCAUGGCUGUGAAGGACAAGAGCAUGGAGGGGCUGAAGGCCUUGAAGGAGGUGAUCCGGAUGUGCCAGGUGUGGUGAGCUGAAGUCACAGUACAUGACAGUCGGAUCCGGUGGACACGCGUCAGGGUCUAUGCGACCCAUGUUUCUAGGACAGUCAGGUGGAGGCUCAUUCUCUGGCUUUAGCCCUUGAAGCUGGGAACAACAUUCAGAUCUCAGGACUUGCCCUAUGUGGCUACUGUGUUCUGCCUGGUGCACCGGAACUGUUCUGGGCUACAACAGAGGCAUCUGCUGAGUGGAAAUCACCCAGUUUGGGCACUGGCAGCCCUCGGUGUGCAGAGGCACCUGUGGGGAGACUUUUUUUUUUUAUCAAAAAUAAAUCUAAAAUACUU